AUGGAGUCCAACCUGCAGGGGACGUUCCUUCUGAACAACACACAGCUGGCCCAAUUCUCGGAAAUGAAGGCUCCCAUGUGCCAGUACUCGGUGCAGAACUCCUUCUACAAACUCAACCCUCCGGGACUUGGCCCCCAGCUGGCCGCUGGGACGCCCCAUGGGAUCACUGACAUCCUGAGCAGGCCAGUAGCCACUCCAAACGGCAGCCUCCUCUCUGGCUACCCCCACGUGGCAGGCUUUGGUGGACUCAGCUCCCAGGGGGUCUACUACGGCCCCCAGGUGGGGAGUUUCUCCAAGGCUGGGAAUGAGUACCCCACCCGGACCCGGAACUGCUGGGCAGACACAGGCCAGGACUGGCGAGGCAGCGCUCGGCAGUGCAGCAACACCCCAGACCCCCUGAGUGACACCAUCCACAAGAAAAAGCACACCCGUCCUACCUUCACAGGCCACCAGAUAUUUGCUCUAGAGAAAACCUUUGAGCAGACCAAGUACUUGGCUGGCCCAGAAAGGGCGAGGCUAGCAUACUCACUGGGCAUGACGGAGUCACAGGUCAAGGUGUGGUUCCAGAACCGUCGUACCAAGUGGAGGAAGAAGAGCGCCCUGGAGCCCUCGUCCUCCACGCCCCGGGCCCAGGGCGGUGCGGGCGGGGACCGCGCGGCCUCGGAGAACGAGGACGAUGAGUACAACAAGCCGCUGGACCCGGACUCGGACGACGAGAAGAUCCGCCUGCUGUUGCGCAAGCACCGGGCCGCCUUCUCGGUGCUCAGCCUGGGCGCGCACAGCGUCUGACCCCGGGCCAGCUGCGCAGGCCGGCCUUCCCCUCCCCUUUCCAGCUGAGGG